CACCAUAUAAAAUCACUCGAUUCAGCCCUAAUGCUAGAGCUAAGCUUACCAAGAAAACAGCAUGGAAUAUGGAAGUGGUCUGUGUUUAGGAAGCUUCUUUCAUAUAAAUAAACCACCCUUAGACCACAAAGAUUGCAGCUUGGGGGUCAGUUCAUUUACUCAAUCCCAACAAACAAACCAAACUUCAGUUGCCUAGUCUCAUCACGACCUCGCCCCCUCAAACGACGUCGUCUCUUUCCCCCUCGCCACCCCUUCCAGAGAUCUUUUGUUCCAUUUGUUCACUUUCAUUCUUCCUCGACCUCCGCCAUUCUCAGAUCUCUUUCAAUAGCCAUGGAAGUUCACUCCCUCAGGCCUCCCUUUCUUCUUUAUCUUUACAUCGUCUUGUUCUUGAUUCAAAUCCAGCUUUCCUCUUCUUCUUCUUCUUCUUCUAUAAUGCGGGUUUUGCCUCUGAAAACGGAAGCAAUCCCAUCUGGGUCUCUUUUCAGCAGGCUGCCAAACAAGCUUCAUUUCCACCACAAUGUCACCCUCACAGUCUCUCUUUCAGUCGGCUCGCCCCCACAGAACGUUACCAUGGUCCUCGACACUGGCAGUGAGCUCUCUUGGCUUCGCUGCAAAACCACCCUCUUGUCCCAACCCGUUUUCUACCCGAACCGCUCCUCUUCCUAUGCUCCCAUUUCUUGUUCCUCACCCACCUGCGUGAACCGAACCCGGGACUUCUCCAUUCCCGCUUCCUGCGACUCCAACAACCUCUGCCACGCUGUCCUCUCCUACGCCGACUCGUCGUCAUCGGAGGGCAAUCUCGCGUCCGACACGUUCAACAUCGGAGGGUCCGACGUUCCGGGCACGAUAUUCGGGUGCAUGGAUUUGGGUUUCAGCAGUAACUCCGAGGAAGACGCCAAGACCACCGGGUUAAUGGGCAUGAACCGCGGGUCGCUCUCUUUAGUCUCGCAGAUGGGUUUUCGUAAAUUCUCCUACUGCAUUUCGGGUUACAACUUCUCGGGCGUGUUAUUGCUCGGCGACUCGAAUUUUACAUGGAUCGCACCGUUGAACUACACGCCGUUGAUUCAAAUCUCCACUCCAUUGCCCUACUUUGAUCGGGUCGCAUACACGGUUCAGCUCGAAGGAAUCAAGGUUUCAGACAAAUUACUUCAAUUGCCGAAAUCAGUGUUCGAACCAGACCACACAGGGGCGGGUCAGACCAUGGUCGAUUCUGGCACCCAGUUCACCUUCCUUCUUGGCCCGGCCUACACUGCUUUGAGAAACGAGUUCUUAAACCAAACAACCAGAGUUUUACGGGUCUUGGAGGACCCGAACUUCGUCUUCCAAGGGGCAAUGGAUCUUUGCUACCGGGUUCCAUCGGGGCAGACCAGCCUGCCCCAGUUACCAACGGUGAGCCUGAUGUUCCGGGGCGCCGAAAUGACGGUUUCGGGGGAGCGGUUACUGUACCGGGUACCAGGCGAAACCAGGGGAAAGGAUUCGGUGCAUUGCUUCACAUUCGGGAACUCGGAUCUACUGGCAAUCGAGGCGUACGUGAUUGGGCAUCACCACCAGCAGGACGUGUGGAUGGAAUUUGAUCUUGAGAAGUCAAGGAUUGGCUUAGCUCAGGUACGUUGCGACUUGGCGGGUCAAAGAUUCGGGUUAUAUAACUAGUUACUUCCAGGCGCACCAGCACCGUCCGACGGAUUGAUCUCACCUUGUUCUCAUGAUUAAAUUUUUAUGCCCAUAACUAUAGGGCCCACCUUGCUAUGGUGAGAUCCGUCAAAUGGCCCGAUCCUACUGAUGCUCCUUUGAUCGGACGGCAAUAAUUAAAGGAAGAGAGGGAUGGGCUAGAGGGUGAUUGUUCCGCCGCUGUACAUGUGAUACUUGCCUUCAUGCCUUUAAGUUUUGGUGACAUGCAUGUAACAAAUAAAUUCUCUAGACGUCAAGCAAUGGGGGUCGGGUGGUGCUACAACUUGCUUGGCUCACUAACAAUCAAAAUAAUAUAUGGUUUUUAUAAUAUUGU